UAUUAUUUGUCAUUCCGUACAAUAAUUUUGUAGAUUUAACAUUAAAAAUGAGUGCUUUGGAAUUACUUCCCCUGGAAAUUUGGAAAAAAGUUAUUUCUCGAGUAAACGAUCCAAAGAAAUUAGUGAAACUUCGUCUAGUUUGCAAUCUUUUUGAUCAAUUAAUUGAAAUCGAAAUGAAAAAAAACAAACAAUGGAAAGAAUUGCUUCCAAGUGAUAUGAAAAUGUGGAUAAAUAAUAUUCUAGCUAAGAAAUAUCCAUUUAAAAAACUUUCUAAGCUUGAAUUGUUACCAAAUUUAUGGAAAGAAGCAUUUUUUUCAUAUAAAAAUUGGAGACUUUUCGGAGACAAAUCUCGAAAAAUACAUUCCUUUCGAUUUAAUGUAAGUCAAUUUUUGCAAAAUGAAAAGAUUACAUGCUUAACGACAUUUGCGCGUUUCGUCGCCGUUGGAACAAAUCUAGGCUUGAUAUUUUUUUACAAAAUCGGAAAAUUAAAAAAUUUCUUCUGGGCAGCAAAACACGGAAAUAAUCUGACCAAGAUCCAGUUUUGGUAUCAAGGCAAAAAUAAUAUAUUGGCUCUUUCGACAUCAAGCGACAGAGUUUUAAAAUUUUGGAAUGUGAGCCAAAAAAAGUCAAUUGUAACCCCGCACUACAACGCAACAAAUAUUCAUGUCGGGAUUAAUCAUCGACUGUUUAUCGAAUUCUUUCGCGGAAUCACCGAGUGCAAGUACAUAUCUAAUCGUGUUGUUCUUAAAGCACAUUGCGCAGUCUUCCGGGGUGACAAUGGUCCCAGGAAUAAUUUUCUCACAAUGUACAGUGAAAACGAGAAGUUGAUAGUUAUGACAACUUAUGACACAAUACUUCGAGUAAUUACUCUUAAAGUUCCGGAUCCGCAAGGUACUGAAUUAACUGAAAUCAAUAAAAAACUUUACCGACUUCUGCCUCGACGACCGCCUGUUGAUUUAGCUCUUAUACCUAAUAACGAAUUAAGAUUGUUUAAAAAUGGUAAAUUUUUCACGAUUAUAUUCCAAGGUUGGCCAAACUUUCCUAUCUAUGAAUACAAAUUGUAUCGUUAUGAGUAUAUUUUUGUGACGUCGAUUGCCAUGCAUGUACAUUUGUUAAUUUUUGGACUAAACACAGGACAAAUUCAUAUUUAUUCAAUUAAAAAUAAUUUUCAAUUAAUGGAACAACCAUUAGAAUUUUGUGAAGUGAGAAAAUUAAAUAUAAGUGAUAGUCCUAUACUUGCUCUGAGUUUAACAGAAACAAAAAGUAGGAGAUAUAUUAUUGCAGCAACAGAAGUUAGUAUACAUUCCAUUUAUUUGGGCAAGAAAAAAUCUGUUUUAGCAGAAUCAUAAAAAAACACCUUGGAU